CUCCGCGCCAAUGGGGCUCGGCCUCGCCCUAGGGUUAGGCGCCAUGGGCGGCCUCGGCCUCCGCCUCCCCGCCGACCGCGACCUCGACCCGGAGCUCGAGCCCUGCUCCCCGCCCAGGGCCGUCCUGCGCCUGCGCGGCGCCGUGCAGCACUACGAGUGGGGCGGCCGCGGGGACGCCUCCCUCGUCGCGCGCCUCGCCGGCGAGACGGCGGACGGCCGCCCCUGCGCCGAGCUCUGGAUGGGCACCCACCCGGCCGCCCCGUCCUCGCUCGCCUCCCACGGCGACGACGCCGGCGACGAGGUCUCCCUCCGGGAGUGGCUCGCGCGCAGCCCCGCCGCGCUCCUCGGCCGCGCCGUCGCCGCGCGAUGGGGCGGCGACCUCCCGUUCCUCUUCAAGGUCCUCUCCGUCGCGCAGCCGCUCUCCAUCCAGGCGCACCCGGACAGGGACCUCGCAAGGGCGCUGCACGCGCUACGACCCGCCACGUACCGCGACGCAAACCACAAGCCAGAGAUGGCGGUCGCCGUCACCGAGUUCCGCGCGCUCUGCGGCUUCGUCACCAUACAGGAGCUCAAGGAUGUUUUGAGGACUGUACCUGAGGUUCGAAUGUUAGUUAGCAAAGAAGAUGCUGCGAAGCUUAUGGCUGCCAAAGAGCAUGAUGGAGGCAUUGGAGUAAGGUCAUAUCUCCAAUCAGCUUUUACUAAGCUAAUGGCAACAAGCAAAGAAGGAGUUUCUGAAGCGAUUUCCAAACUAAAGAGUCGCCUAGAUGGGGAGAGUAAGACUAGAAACUUUACAGAGAAGGAGCAAUUGAUAUUAUCACUGGAGCAGAAGUACCCAGGAGAUGUUGGUGUUUUAUCGGCAUUUUUCUUUAACUAUGUUAAGCUCAGCCCUGGCGAAGCACUUUACAUUGGUGCCAAUGAACCACAUGCAUAUCUGUCGGGAGAGUGUGUUGAGUGUAUGGCCACCUCAGAUAAUGUUAUUCGUGCUGGUCUGACUCCUAAGUACAAAGAUGUCCAAACUCUUUGCUCCAUGCUGACAUACAAGCAGAUGUUCCCAGAAAUUUUACGAGGAGUUUCUGUACAGCCUUAUGUAACUCGUUACACACCCCCGUUCGACGAGUUUGAAGUCGAUCGUUACUUGCUACCUCAAGGCGAAUCGGUUACAAUGUCGCCAGUACGCGGCCCGUCCAUCUUUCUUGUCAUGACUGGCGAAGGCGAGAUCCAGGCCGAUGGCAUGUCUGGUGAAGGAAAAGCAAAGGAAGGGGAUGUUUUCUUUGUGCCGCCACGCACCGAGGUCAAGCUCCAUGCUUCUGGCCCCGGGCGCUUGCAGCUGUACAGAGCUGGAGUGAACAGCAGAUUCUUCUGUUGACAUGGAUAACCCUGCAGGUCAGUAACCUCCAAUGGAAAGGCAGGGGUUGUUGCAAGAGGGAUCACCCAGUGUUGUUAUAGGACAGCGAUACCGGCUUUACAUACAUUAUAUCAAGAAUACUGUACUUGUUGCAAGGAGGUUAGUUAGCCAAAGUUAUCAUAGUGUAUAGGCAAAUCCAGAGCAAAUCCAUUCGUUGAUAUCUUAAUCAUGUUUAUGUAUUCAAAGUCAUUUAGUGUUCAAUAAGCUGGGGGGAAGCA